CUCACGUAACAAAAGUGUUGCAAAAUGAGCGCCCACCCGUUUCUGAAAACCCCCAAGGUGGAGUCGGAUGCGAAGCACGACGAAAGCAUCGGCGGGGAAGCCCACUAUGACGGCGGUGAUGCCCAGACAUCCGAUACAGAACUUCAGCCGAGGAGCGAGCAAGAAGAAGCCUUAGUCGCUCUCAUUGAACACCGCACCAAGGAGGUUAUUCAUCUCCGACAGCGCAUCUCGUAUUAUAAAUCCCAGCUUAAUGAAGCAGAGAGGAGACUAGAUGAGACACAAGUGAAGCUGGGUCGCCUUCGUGGCCAUGACAGUAGUACAACAUCGAAGAGUUCUUAUGACAAUGGCUUGAAGGAUGUAAAAUCCAAUCGGAGAUCCUCGAGUCCUGCCUCCUGUAGUGAAGAUACUAAAAACCUUGUUGAGAAUAAACCACAAGAGAAGGGUAUUUCACUCAGACCUUUAGAGCAAAAAUCAGCUGGAAACCAACCUCAGAGUAAACCACAGCUUGUAAUUCCUACUUUGAAACCAAAAGCUUAUCAACCAACUAAGAUGGUAAAGUCUGAACCUAAAAUUGUUGCUAGUAGUCCUGGUUCUUUUUCUGGUGAGCCAGCAUUUCCUCACAGUUAUAGUAUGACAAAGAUAAAGGCAGGAAAAAAUAUGAGGAAAUCUUCUGAGAAGGAAGCGGUUGAUGCUCAAAGUAGAGGCAUAAAAAGAAAAUUUGAGCAGAAAGAACAGAAAGAUCUGGUUUCUAUAAUUCGCACAUACUCUUCACCCAACACUAUCCGGUGUCAUACAUGCUCUAAUAUCUCAAGUCAACAUAAAAGAAAGCUCAGAAGUCUUGUGCUAUGCCCAACGAGUGAGCAACUGUUUGCCACGAGCGCACUGGAUGGACUUGUCAACUUGUGGCAGAUUCAGAGAGAAUCAACUGCCAAUCUUCUGAGUACUACUGAUUGCUUUUCACCAAAACAAAGGAGAUGGCCAGAAGAUAUAGCCUGGCACCCUGAUGGGGGUGCUAUAUUUUCAGCUUAUGGUGCCGAUAAAGGCGAAACCCAGAUUUCAAUUCUUAAUUUGAACAAAACGAAAGAGAAUCGCAUUAGUUUCUUGGAAGCAAAGCCACAUGUUAAAGGCAUCAUCAACAGCAUAGUGUUCAUGCCGUGGGAAGAUAUCUGCUUUGUUACUGGUGGUAGUGAUCAUGCUGUAUUCUGUUGGACUGAGAUAGAAGAGGAAAAGUUGUGGAAGCAUAAAGCAUUGCAUAGAACUGAGCAUACGUCAUCUGUAACAGGAGUCGCUGGUAUGCAGCAUAAGAAAAUUGUGAUGUCUGUUGGAGCUGACAAGAGGAUCAUUGGAUAUGACAUGCAAGCUGGAAGAGCUGGCUAUAUCCAUCAAAUUGAUAGCAAGUGCAUGAGUAUUUUGCCCAAUCCAUGCGACUUCAACCUCUUUUUGGUUCAGGCUGGGACAUUAGAGAAGCAGCUUCGACUGUUUGAUAUCAGAGCAAAGCAAAGAGAGGUCCAUGCAUUUGGGUGGAAGCAAGAAAGCAGUGAUUCACAAUCAGCUCUCAUAAAUCAGGAUUGGUCUCCUGAUGGUUUGUACAUCACAUCCGGAUCGGUUGAUCCUGUCAUCCACAUAUUCGACAUAAGGUACAACUCUCACAAACCUUCACAGUCCAUAAAGGCCCAUCAGAAGCGUGUCUUUAAAGCUGUUUGGCACCACACUCUCCCACUCCUAAUAUCCAUCUCAUCCGAUCUGAACAUCGGAUUACACAAGGUCAUCUGAGUUGCUGUGAAAAAAUCAUCUCUUUGUAGUCUGCCCAACGCUUUCAAUUUGCAAAUUGUAUCCAUGAAUUCUCUAAUCGGAAAAACCACACACACAUCAAAGUAGAUGAUCACUGACUUAAUACUGAAAGUACUCCUUUUCCUCCACAUGAUGGAGCUCUUCCCAACGCGUUUAAUGCGCUAGCACUGAGCUCCACCCCUCAGCUGAACAUGUGUAACUUUGGCUCUUUUGUAUGGCUACAAGUUGAAGUUAACUAAGUAUGUACACACUUUCGUUGUCAUUUUCGUUUUCAUGUGUGUUUGUG